AAAAUCCCCUUUGCAAUUUGUAGGUAUAAAUAACCCCUCAUUUACAUAAGUUCCAUCUCACUGUAAGUGCAUUCUUCCCCUGUGGAGGGAAGAAAAGAAGAAAGAAAGAAAGGAAGGGAAGGAAACAGUAUUUACCUUCUUUAAUCUGAGCCGUGCCUAUCUUUGUAAAGUUAAAUGAGAAUAACUUCUUCCAACCAGCUUAAUUUUUUUUAAGACUGUGAUGAUGUCCUCUAAACAUAUCCUUCGGGUGCCCAGUGUGACAUUUUCAAUAGCAAGCUACCAGGAUCCAGUAAGAUUUUUUCUGUUUAUUGCAAUCAAGAAACCAGUUUGGGACGAUAGCUUUUGAUCCAGCAAAGAAUGGAUGGAUCACUGAAUUUUAACUGGACUGGGCAAGACUACAAGAGAGGUUUCGGCAUCUUGAAUGACAAGGGGGAAGGAGAAUUCUGGCUAGGCAACGACUGUCUCCACUUACUAACCCAGAGCGGCUCUGUUCUUAGGGUUGAAUCAGAGGACUGGGCUGGAAAAGAGGCUUAUGCAGAAUAUCACUUCCGGGUAGGCUAUGAGGCCAAAGCCCUGCAGGUCUCCUUCUAUGAAGGCACUGCGGGUGAUGCACUGAUUGAGGGUUCCGUAGAGGAAGGGACAGAGUACACCUCUCACAACAACAUGCAGUUCAGCACCUUUGACAGGGAUGCAGACCAGUGGGAAGAGAGCUGUGCAGAAGUCUAUGGGGGAGGCUGGUGGUAUCAACUGCCAAGCAGCCAAUCUCAAUGGCGUCUACUACCUCUGUGGGGUCUUCUAUGACCUAAGGAAUAACAGUCCUUAUGAGACUGAGAACAGAGUGGUCUGGGAAGAGGGGCAGAUUAUUCCCUCAGGGCUAUUUGCAUGAAAAUUAGGCCCCUUGUGACCCAAUAGGCUGAAGGAGUGGGAGUGGGAGCACUCUGUCUCCUUUGCUAGAGAAGUGGAGAGAAAAUAAGAAAGGUAAAGCAGUUGAGAUUCUCUACAGUCUAAAAAAUUCCUAGGUACUAUUUUCUUAUUCUUUGUACUGUAGGCAAAUGCACCUGAGACAUAUUAGUGCUUUGAAAAAUAAAGUUAUAUAAGUUUUUCUUUAUCUUUAAA